CGCGACGCGGUACGGAAGCGUUUUCCCCGGGCUCCAGUGAAUAUGACGAGAGUGUAGCCCCAAAAAGGAUACUUAGUGAUAGUGCAAAAAUAAAGGAUACUAUACAGAUUUAGGAAAAAUUUUAAAUGAUGCGGUUAAAGGGCCCUUACUGGGCGCUCGUGGUGUUUCUCGAACUCCUUCUUGGCACCGUCCAAAUCAAUGCAUACUCCCAAGUGCUGGUCAGCGGUAGCACUGAUCCUAACACGGAUCAGGGACCCCGGAUAUUUAAAGCUUUAAAUACGGAUCUGAUAUUCCCCAGGACUUUUAACUCCAGCGAAAAUGUGGUAUCCACCACUGAAAUCCCUACAACGACGGUGUCGACGACCUCUCUCCCACCCAUUCCCUACAACCAUCAACCUGAGGCAGCUAUUAGCACCACAGAUUCACUUUUUGUGACUCCUCUGGCUGAGACCGAAAAGCCAAGUGAUCCUGCGCCUGAGCCAAUCGUUGAGGGUGCCUCCACUGGACGUGCCGUGGAUUACCGCACAGCCUAUCCUUUCGGACAGUUGAUAACACCAUUACUACGUGGAGGAAGUCCUCAGCCGUACAACAAACGACCCUCACAAACACGUAUUUAUCCACAAGGUAGACCAUCCUACUACUCGUCCUCAUCAUCACGAAAUCCAUCUCGCAAAACGGCUCAAAGGCCCAGCUAUAAUAAAGGAUUCAGUGACCGCUUCACUCCCGGAGAAGCAACAGCCGCCAAUGUGUUCAAAAACCAACACUCCCACGACCAUUCCCACGAUCACUCCCAUGAUCACUCGCACGAUCAUUCCCACGGCCAGGAUAGCAAGGUGGCCUCUGGAUCGAGUGCUGUAAACACCUAUGUCGCGCCCUCGGAUGCCUAUUCGUUUCCGCCCCUCAAUACCAGAUAUCCUUCGCCUUCGCAGGAUCCAAAGGCAGCCUUGCCCUCGGACACAGUGACUAGCUAUGUAGCCCCCCCAUCUGGUGGAUUGAAGAGCACUGGCUACGUUUAUCCAGGUCCUUCCAUGACCUCACCUGGGGGUUACAGGUAUCCAGGACCCAUCUCUGCAUCAAAUGGAGACAAGGAUGCGGCUGCUAGCUCGCAGAGUCAAUCCCCGACACCCGAUGAUGAUCCUGGAAAUGAUGACACCAUUGGAGUCUUGCCAGCCAGUGCAAUGGACAAUUUGCCAUCGAAGGAUCAGGAUGGCAAGGAUGCUGGUGGAGGUGGCGCCCCCGCAGAUGAUAUGGGCGAUAUGGGUGCACCAGCUGGCGGUGGCGAUAUGGAUGGGGGAGGAGACGAUUCAUCCCUUCCAGCGUUACAUAACGAUGGCUCUCACGGGGAAGACGAUCACAAAUACGAUCCCAAUAUGGAAUAUGCCACACCACCACCCGGUUGGCUAGAAUCCCAUCCAGAGUCAGCGGCUCCCAAGCCAGAAGAUCACGAUCACGGUCACGAUCAUGAUCAUGACCACAUUCCAGACCAUGACCAUGUCCAUGAUCACCACCACGAUCAUUAUCCGGGUCACUUUGACUACCAGCCGUCCUAUCCGGAUGACACCUAUCCUGAUGUGUACUAUGAUGACCACCCACAUCAUCAUCACCAUGUGCACCACCCUCCGCCUCCUCCACCCCCUCCUCCACCACCACCUCCACCACCGCCUCCACCAACUGAACCACCUCCACCGCCACCACCGCCGCCAGAGCCGCGUGUGAAGAAGUACAGUUAUUUCUACAUCGGUAGAAAGCUCUGGUACAUCCCACUGUACUUCACCGUGUGGUUCAGUUUCUACAUCCUGUGGCUUAUCAUCAAGUCCAUUGGCCGACACAAGGUGAACCUUCCCAAUCACUACGUCACGCGGCGAGAUGCUCCGGAUCCGUUUACUACGGAUCAGGGCAGGGAUGAGUACAUUAAUGACAUGACGGUGAGGGUGCUGGAGCACAUUGAUAGCUUUAAGCAGAAAUACUUGAACUGAUGAGGGAUGCUACUAAA